CUGAAAUUGCCGCUUUUUAGCAGAAUGACCAAGACAGUGCCCGUGACGCUCGAGCCCAACGAGGCGCUCGCGACCUUUGCUGCUGGCUGCUUCUGGAGCGUCCAGCUCAACUUCCAGCGCCUUGAAGGUGUCGUCGACUCGCACGUCGGCUACAUCAACGGCACAACCGAGAACCCGAGCUACAAGCAGGUGUGCAAGGGCGACACGAACCACGCCGAGGCGGUCCAGAUCAAGUUCGACGAGAGCAAGAUCACGUACAAGCAACUCCUCGACAAAUUCUUUGAGAUCCACGACCCGACAACCGUCGACCGCCAAAAGGAAGACGUUGGCACGCAGUACCGGUCGGGUAUCUUUUACCACAACGAAGAGCAGCGCCUCGCGGCCGAGGAGGCCAAGGCGCAGAAGGCCGAAGCUAUCAAGGCCGAAGUCGUCACUGAGAUUGUGCCCGCUGGCAUUUUCUACCACGCCGAGGACUACCACCAAAAGUACCUCGAAAAGGGCGGUCAGUGCUCCCGCGUCGGCUCGACCGACCAGAUCCGCUGCUACGGCUAAGCGAUUUCCCUAAACCAAAUAAAUCCAUCCGUGUCGUUGUCUACUGCUG